GAAUAGACUAGUUAUAACCUUUUUUAAGAAGCCGAGUCUUAGUUAACUUAAUUUAUUACUAUUGAAAACUAAGUAAAAUAAAAUCUGGCAACGUAGUCGAACUUUAAUUAGGCGACAGCCAUUUUGUUUUCCAAUAAUCCGCACUGCUUUUCCUAAAUUUCCGAAGUACAUCGUCCCAUCAUGGCUAACACCAUGUUAGCUUUGACCACAAGGCACCUGAUUAAAAAUGUCAUCACAAAAACUGCAGUAACCCAAUCAGCUGCUAUGAGCGGCACUGGAGGUUCUUUCACCAAAAAGCUCAUCGGCAAAAGGGAAAUCGUUGGAUUUGGGUGGAACGGAGAGCCCAGUUACGGUGAUAGAACUGAUUUUCCAUUCCCUGCUAUCAGAUGGAAGGAGCCCAAUGCUGAUAUCUUGGCCCUAAGAGAGAAAGAGAAAGGAGACUGGAAAAACUUGUCCAUUGAAGAGAAAAAGGCCCUUUAUAGGGCAUCUUUCAGGCAGACUUUUGCCGAAAUGAAAGCUCCCACCGGAGAAUGGAAAUAUUCCAUCGGUGUAACACUUUUGUUCUGUGCCGUUUCCCUUUGGUGCUUCUUCGGUAUGAAGGCUUUCGUUUAUCCACCACUCCCGGAAUCCUUCAAACAGGAUCACAGGGAGGCCCAGGCCCGUCGUAUGAUCGACCUGCACGUCAACCCCGUCCAGGGCAUCUCCUCCAAAUGGGACUACGAAAAGGACGACUGGAAGAAAUAAAUUUAAUGUUAUCCGGGACAGUCUGUAUCCUACAGACCUCGUAUUAGAUUAAAUUCUUGUAAUAAAUUAACGUUUUUAAUUUUUAAGUCUUUUCCUUUGUGAUAUAAAGGCACAGGUUUGUAUAUCGUGAGAAGUAUUAAAUAAAUGAAAAUUUAUGUUGUA